AUGCCCGCCUCAACCCCCCUGCAUGCCCUUGCUGCAGUUGUCAUGUCUGGCGUUGCCCUCGGUGCCGCAGACCACUGGAUCUUGACACAUGCACAGACAAUCGCCCUCGCGCGUAUGGACCCAAUUGUGAAUCCAUCUGCCAUCAGUAGCCAUGUUCACAAUAUUGUCGGAGCGAGCAAUUUUGAUAUCGCAUUGAACAGCGUAUCCGACCAGCUCAACGCUGCGUGCUCCUCCACCAUUGUCAAUGCUGACAUUUCAAACUACUGGGCUCCCCAGCUAUACUACCACCACCAGAACGGUACCUUCUCUCCCAUCAUGUCCGGUACCCGUGUCUACUACUUUACCAAGGGUACCGAGGUCAAGCCUUUCCCGCAAGGUCUUCGAAUGAUUGCUGGCGCUGCCACGACUCGAGACGUGUCCGACACUACGGCCUUUGGCGUCAGGAUCUCUUGUGACCACGGAGAAGAAGGUUUCUAUCUUCCCAACGGCACAACUCAUCCGGGUGGCUGCUCAUCCAUCUCUACGGCCACCUUCUUCCCCAGCUGCGGGCUGUCGACCGGCGACUUGGACUCUACCGACCAUUUCUCGCACAUGGCCUGGCCUCAGAGCUACAAUGGUACCAUUCUUGUAGAUGAUGCCAACGGGCAGUACUGCCCAGACACGCACCCAGUGAAAUAUCCGACGAUUUUUGCUCAAUGGAACUACUACCUCGACGAUAACCAGCCUUGGAGGAACGACGAGGGCACCCUUGUUUUCUCCAACGGGGAUACCCUGGGCUCUUCGAUGCACGCUGACUUUGUGAACGGUUGGACGCCAGAUGUCCUCGCGGACGCAAUUAGCCAGUGUGGCGACGGCAAUGGGCCUGGAGAAGACCUCACGACUUGCGCCCCUCUUUCCAAGUCGACCAACGAUCGCAGCGGCAAGAGGAUUUUCAUCGACACUAACAUUGUUUUCAGGGAUGUUGGUCUCCAAAGGCCAAUCGACAAGCUCCCUGGAUGUAACCCUCUUUGGACAGCCGAUGUUACCACCAAGCCCACCUGUGACGAGAAGGCCGCUGAUCCAUCUAUGGUCGGACCUAAUGUCCUCUUUGAAAACUUGAUAUACCGAUGGCACGUCCCCAUGGCCGCUGACUUUGUCACAAACACUUCAGAUCUCGCUGGACUUACGCCUUCGCUGGGUAAUACUGGCGACUCUCGACUUGUCGCAUGGGGAUCAGAAGGAUCAGACACCUCUAGAAUGACUGUGGGAACCCUCGAAGAGAUCAUAGCGGGUGCUGUUGGGGCUGCCAACGGCAGCUCGUCUGCAGCUGAGAGCUCUAUUGCUUCAACUACCGCUUCCACUGCCUCUGAUGUUUCUUCAACUCUUGCUUCGGCCAUCGCUACUCAAACGUCAUCAGAGUCAACAGCGUGGAUUUCAUCUGAAGGAAGUGUCUCUGCAUCCACAUCUCUCACAACUUCUGCAAGCGUCUCUGCAGCUUCGGACCAAGUAUUGGCUAUCGCCGAAACUUCCACUUUGACUGGAACCUCCAGCACUGCCACCCAGACUCAAGUGGCGUCAACCAAGGUCUGCAAGUAA